AUGAUGUCCAAGGAUGGAACUGACUCGAAGAUCCCGAGUUGGGAUGGCUCCAGUCGAACUUGGCGUAGAUACCUCAAAGAGGUCUCCUGGUUUGCUGGUGGCACUAAGCCAGCACAGAGGAAGUCGUUGCCUAAUGCUGCAGCAAUCAUGUCGGAGUACUUCUCCUUCAAGCGUCGACCACAAGAACCCAUCGCUCAGUUUUUGGCUCGUGAAAGCUUAGGAUUUGAAGAGUUUGCAGAAGCACUGGCUCAGUUGAAAGAAGAGAAAGAAGGUCAUGAUCCUGCGCUUCGCAACUUUGACCUCCCCGACAUGUCACCUCAUCCUGAUGAGUCUGACCAUGACGGUCGCCUGUGGAGACAGUCUGAUCGCUAUCAAUGGCGGCAUUGGGAACCGCCGGAUGGCUCAGACGGCGGUCAUCGCGCUCCUGAGCGCGAGGAUGGCUAUGCUGGUGUCCUCCAAGGCUGGAGAUUGCUUGCGGCGGCUUCCCUCACUCAAGAGCAGUGGCGUGACAUCCUGGCCACGACAGGAAACAAGCUGGAAUACGAAAAGAUCGCUGAUGCUCUGACUACUCUGUGGGAUGAACAGUUGAUGGGCUAUCGACAGAGUCACCAGACCUCUCAGCGAUCCUUCAGCAACCACUGGAUUGAGCAGGCAGACGAUGCAGAGCUUCAGGACAUGCUGGAACAGGAAAAGGCUGCAGAAGCCAUGGCCAUGGAAGCUCGCCGAACCUGGUCACAGGCUCAGAAAGCCACGGACUGUCCUGAUAAGUCAGCACCGCGCAAGGGCUCCGGGAAGUUCUUGUCUCCAGCUGAAUUGGACCAGCUGGUGUCCCUCUUGCGGCAAGCAGACCCCGCAGUGAAGGUUGCCAUUGAUCCCACCAAGAGGUCCAAAGAUCUCCAGAAGCCUCGCCAAAAGCAGCUUAUGCAGCUCAGGCGUCAGUCCUUGCAACACGUGAACCCCGUCAUUGUCAAGAAGGCCCUGGAGAAGCUUCAAGCCGACCUCCCGACCGGCCGAGCUCCAGCAGAAGAGCUUCCAAGAGCUGUACCAUUCCCUGAUUGCUCAGGCCCAGCAGACUCCUGUGGAUUUGGACGGCGACUCGGAAGUGGAGCUGAUCCCAUCGGGCAUCAUCUCAGCGACGACCAGUCCAGCCCGCUCCUCAUGAAGGACGUGAACAAGCAGGUUCGCUUUGAGCCUGAUGCGCCUAUGACGGAUCCUGUGGAGGAGGAUCCACCUGAUGAGGAGGGCAACGUUCCCAUCACCCUGGAGGACACCUUUGCAGUGAAAGCCAAAACUAAAAAGAAUUCAGUUGAUGACCGUGAAGGCCAUGAUUCAAGCCGCAACUGCUCUCCUCUUGUCAUCGGCUCACGUUGA